GACAUUGGAGGUCCGCGUCCCUGAAAAAUGAGCGGGUGGAUACGCGAGGCGGAUCCCAAUUCCGUUUGAAUCCCACAGCCAACGCCAGCCAGACCCCUGAAUUCCUGACGAUGCGACUUUGGCCAAGGUUUUCCACUCGGCUCGUCUGGGGGCGUCCGUGUCUUACCAUGCUGGUCUGUGUUACCCCUGGAUUCCUAUCACAGCCAGAACAGGAGGGAACCCAUCUCUGCUGCUCGCCAAAACGAAACACCGUCAUGCUUUGUCGAUAAAAAGCUCUCCCGGCCGCCCUUUGCUUUUCGAACCGUCCCCCCCUAUCGUUCUCCAUUACCCAAACCACUUUCGCUUCAUACCUCAGUUCAAACUCGCUCGACACUGGUUGUCCUCGGCCUAUUCACUCACUUACAUGCUUUUUACCUAAAACCCCACACCUCGCCACCACGAUGCGCUUCUUCACCACCCUCGUCCUCUCCGCCCUUGUGGCUGUCAGCUCCGCCGCCACCAUCGCCGAGCUUGCUGCCCAGGUCCCCAGCUGCGCGAUGAAGUGCCUGGUCACGGCUGCCAAGGAGGUCGGCUGCGAUGCCGCCGACUACAAGUGCCAGUGCGGCAAGCUCAUCGACAUGACGAGCAAGGCCACUGGUUGCAUCACCUCCGGCUGCACCUUGGACGAUGUUGCCAAGACAACCACUCUCAUGCCCCAGAUCUGCGGCCUCGUCGCGGGCGAGAAGGGCGGCGACACCUUCAGCUCGAUCGUCACCAAGGCCAGCUCCGCCGCCACGGCCGGCCUCGCUGGCGCCACCUCGCUAGCCGGCGCCGCAACCAGGGUCCCCACCACCACCGGUGCCCCCGGUACCACGGGGACUCCCGCCGCCGCUGGCCGCAACCUGGCCGGCGUUGGCUUCGCGGCCGCCGUCGUCGCUCUCGUCCUGUAAAAGGGCCCGAGAGUUUGUGUCUGGGACGAUCGCGUAAGGUGAUGGGACGUGAUAGUUACGUUUAGCAACAGUUGAUACCAUUUGGCUUCCUGCAACGAAGGGUCCCGUCAGCCCGUGAUGAAAUGAACCAGUCAUCGCUUAUUUUUCUCGAGCCAUUUGUAAUCCAGCGCCCUGAGUUCCAGCCUGAUAAGCGGCGUGAUUGUCAAUUUCAGCCUCGGCCCACCCACGUCACCGGCGCAACGGGAAACUCGGAACUCGAGUGAACCAAGAGGAACCACAUUUGCAAGAACAAAAGAUAAAAUGCACCGAAUUCAUAAACCUAACAGAGUGCGCAGAGGUGCGAACUCUCUCUCACUCUGGUAAGAUUCGACGGCACGGAAGGGCGCGACUGCUUGGAAGCCCUAUUGAUGUACCGACGAUCCGGGUGAGGAACGAUGCUCGGAAUCCGUUCACCCAGGCUGGCGAAGAACGUAAGAUCUGCAGCGGGCGGCCAAACAGUCCCAGAGGCAUGAAGUUAUAUUCUUGGCGACAUUGAGAGUCGCGAUUUGGACGCGCGCCACUCAAGUUGCCGUUGAAGGCAGAUGCGCCAAAAAGGGAAUGGGGCGGGUGUAGGCCUGUGGUGUUACUACAAUUAACUUGGGUGCGCAAGAAAAAAAAAGGGAGAGAAAGAGAAAAGUUACAUAUGCACUGUCGACAACCCAGCAUCGCAAGCUUUCUCAAAUCACAUUGAUGUUUGGAAGCGAGAGGGAUCUGGUGGGAGCUACACAAUUAGAACCACUUCGACGAGUGCCCGACGCUCGGCCUGCGCAGCAAGCAGCCAACGAUCCUCGGGGGAAGUAACCAGCACCCUCUCCAUCACACCUCGCCAAACUCAGCCUCCAUCCCUCCGCCUGUAUCGGCCCCUGAGGCGGCACCACGGAUCAGACGAACCUACUUGGGGGCCCUUG